AUGAAUGAUACCUCACACAAUGCUGAACCUUCAGCGGGGAAACAGCCUCAAUUGCGCCUAACUGAGCCUAGUUCUGAUAAGGGCUCCAAUUCUAUCAAUGAAUCUACACAGAUAGAGAAUGGCAUAAUAACCAGUGAAAUUUCUGGAUUGAAACAGUCACUGAAUCGGAUAUCGGUCGCCGAAGAACUGUCAUUGGAAGAAAAUGUCGAUUCUCACACCGAAACAACCUCCUCAGAGUCAAAUCCAGUUAAGUCCAUGAAUAAAGCACAGAUCAAUGAACUACAAGCCCCAUUUUGUGAACUCGAUCUAUCGAAAAAUGACUCAGGUCAGGACGGAGGCUCAAUUGAUAGCCAAAUAGACGACACAGAUAUCGCCCUAGAUAGUGAUAUUCCUCUAUCUGAUUCAGACGACGAAUUCAUAUCCAGCGAUAACGAUUCAUUGAGCAAAAUUCUCUCUGGAAAACAAUUCAAUUCUCUUGGUUGUGGAUCAACCUUUUCAGAACACGUUCUGUAUUUUGAGAAAGCACUUGAUGUUGCCUUGGAUUCUCACCAGCUAGACAAAUCCUUGGUAGCUCAAGCAAAAUUAAGUGGCCAUUUGAAUGACACAAAUAGGAUUCUAAUCGAGAAGCAGCAAGAACUUACUGAAAGUCUUGAAAGAUUAAGGCACUUGUUUAAACAUCACAUUGCUAGCAAACGUAUUGAUGAUCUUGAUACGAAUCUCAGGCAAAUCAAUACUCGAAUACGAAAUUUGAAGCACGGGCCACCAAAAACUCUGUUCUUUGGGAAAAGCAAGUUGGGUGUUAUGGACAAAUACCCUGUGGAAUACAAUCAAGCUCGUGACAAAGUUCUAGAUCGCCCAGAGGAGCAGUAA